AUGCAGCUCGAGUGGCCGCAUAUCGAGGUCGUCCCCUGUGCUACCCACGUGCUGGACUUACUGGAGGAAGACAUCGGCAAGACGGAGUGGGCGCAUAUAGUGGUUGAUCGAGCGAACGCCAUGAUCACAUUCCUCCGUAUCCACCAGUGGACGCGCGCCUUCCUGCGGAGUCCCCAACUGCACGGCACUAAACUGAUGCAGAUGGUGGUGCACGACGAUUGGAAGGCGAGGGGGAAGAAGGCGACAGCGGAGCAGUUCGAGGGAUGGGUGAUUGAUGAGGUGUGGUGGAAGAAGGUAGCCUUCUUUGUGGAGGUUAUGGAGCUGCCGGUGGCAAGGAAGACGGAUUUGGUGGCAAAGGGGAUGAUUUUAGUGAUCUACGACAUCAUGCUGCAGCUCAUGGAGGAGUUGACGACGUUGCUGGAGGGUGAGGAGUGUUGCCGGAGUGAGGAGGAUAAGGAGGAGGUGCAGGAUCACUUGAAGACUCGCUUGGACAGCAGUAUGGCAUGCCCCCUUAACGGGUACAAGUUGGAGGAGGAUAGGGAGGUGGAGGUAGAUGAGGACGACGUGCGUGUGGAUGAGUACGAGCAGGAGGGCGAGCACGGCGAUGAGAGCGAGAUGGUGUGA